GGUCUAACUCCUGCCCCCCUCUGUCUCUUUCCAGAUGGCUCAGAACCUCCGAGACUUUGCCUCGCGGAUGCCCGCGGGAGGCCGUGGUGCGGGAACUGCCCUGAAGCUGAUGCUGGGAGCUGGGGCCCUCGUGUACGGUGUGAAGGAGUCUCUUUUCACAGUGGACGGCGGCCAGCGGGCGAUCAUUUUCAGCCGGCUUGGAGGUAUCGAACCCAACACCAUCCUUUCUGAGGGGAUCCACCUCAGGAUACCGUGGAUCCAGUACCCGAUCAUCUACGACAUCCGGGCCAGGCCGCGGAAGAUCUCCUCGCUGACGGGCAGCAAAGACCUGCAGAUGGUGAACAUCGCCCUGCGCGUCCUCUCGCGCCCGAAAAUCAACACCCUGCCGGCCAUGUACCAGCAGCUGGGCCUGGACUACGACGAGCGCGUCCUGCCCUCCAUCGUCAACGAGGUGCUGAAGAGCGUGGUGGCCAAGUUCAACGCCUCACAGCUCAUCAUCCAGCGGGCCCAGGUGUCCCUCCUGAUCCGCAGAGACCUGAUGGAGAGGGCCAACGACUUCAACAUCAUCCUCGACGACGUGGCCAUCACCGAGCUCAGCUUCAGCAAGGAGUACACGGCCGCCGUGGAGGCAAAGCAAGUUGGUGAGUGGCCCUCAUCAUCCCCUCUCCGGGUCGGGUUAACACCCCGUCUCCCUGGUAUCACCCCCUCUCCGGGUUGG